CCGCUUCCGCCUCGCUCCUUCUCGCCGUCAACUCCCAACCAUGCUGCGCACCCUCGCCCGCCGCCAGCUGCUGCUCCGCGGCGCCGCGCGCAGCGGUGUGGCCGCACAUGCCGCAGCGCAGCCGCAGGCCGCUGCUGCCCCGUCCGGCUCGCGCCUGCCGCCGCAUGUCGCGCCGCUGCACACGGCCAUGCGCCCCAGCGCUCCGCUGGCCAAGAAGGCAGGCGGGUCAAGACGGUCGCGGCAGCCGCAGGAGGAGGAGGAGAUGGAGGAGGAGCUCGACGAUCUCUUUGGCGGCGUCAGCAGUGCAGACGCAGCUGCAGAGCAGGCCCCUGCCGCAUCGCAGCCCUCUUCGGGCGCCUUCAGCAUCACCGAGAAGCUCUCGCACGCCGAGGCAUUCGCCAAGCACGUGCAGGAGUUCCGCACCGCCAUGGCGCAGUGGAGCGAGCGCGGCGCCUCGCCGCCGUCCCUUGCUCCCUUCGGCAAGGCGCUGCACGUGGCGCGCUCGGGCGAGGACUUUGCGCUGCUCUUUGAGCUCUGGGCAGAGUGCCGCGCUCUGCGCCUCCAGCCUCUGCCGCAGGAGAAGUACAACGCCCUCGCUCUGCAAGCGCUGAAGCGCCGGUGCCCCGAAGUCGUGCUGAGUCGCAUUCUCAAUGGCGACGAGAGCGAGCUCUACCACCCAAAUUGGCUUCGCGCCAUUCAGAGCGGGCUGCUGCGCAAGUUGCUGGAAGGCGAGCCGGCGCAGCUGGCCGCCAGCGCCGCCCUGCCUGGCGCGCCGCAGCGGUCGCCCGAGUGGCUCGCGCAACUGCAAGCUGUUGGGCAACUGAAGGUUGCCGCGACACGCGCAAGCGAGGAGGAGAUUGAGGCUGCGGCUGCAGAGCAGAGCGAGCCAAACUUCUCGCAGCAGUCGGACAGGCGCAGCGUCUAUCACAUCGAACGUGCUACGCACCAGGUCGUCCUCAUCGACCGCAUGCUGCAGUGUGCGGCCUUGAAGCCCGUCGACGGACGCCACGACUGGUACCUGCUCGCCGCUGCGCUCACGGCGUGCAGCAGCCGAGUGCGUCGCAUUGGCGUCUUCCCUCUGGCAGACGAGGUGGCCGAGCUGCUGCGUCUGCUGCGUCUGGCCUUGGCCGAUGCCGACAAGAAGGCGGGGCGCACGAUCGAGAAGCGCGACAUGCGGCGCAGCAACGCUGAGACGCGCAUCCCGGCCGUCGUCAAGGAACACCUGCCGCAAGAGGAUGUGCAGGACGUAGUCUCGGCGCUGCACACACUAUUGUCGGCUGCGGCGCCCGAGAAGUGAGCCGUCAGGCGUCUCGGCUUGCAAUACAAAUGCAGUGCAGCUC